AUGAGAGGGGUUUUUACCUUUCUAGUUGGAGUGACGGCCACGGCAAAUGCUCUGAGUGAUUAUUCGGAUCAGAAAGUGUGCAGGUUUCACACCAAGAACGUUACCGAAGUAAAACUAAAACUACAAAAAUAUCAAGAUGUUUCAACAGAUAUAUGGACCCGCAGCUCACAGUUUGUGGAUGUAAGAGUGCCGGCAAACAUAGUGGCUGAACUGGAAGGCUGUGAAGUGAUAAUUGGUGAUCUCAAAGAUACCAUAGCCCAGACAUACCCGAGUGCUGAAGCGCAAUCCUUAGAGAAGCAUUUCGAAGAAGUUCAACAGCUUUUGCAAACCCAGGAUCCUUUUUCAGUACUGAAAGGCCGUCACGAUAUUUUCUUUGAUCAAUUCCGCGACCUGGACACUAUAUAUACAUGGCUUGACCUUAUGGAACUCACGUUCCCGGAGCUGGUAAAGAUCGAGCUCGUAGGUCAAACUUAUGAAGGACGCGAUAUGAAGGCAUUGCAUAUUAGUGCCAACAACCAAGCCCUCAACCCAGAAAAGAAGACUAUUAUCAUUACUGGAGGCGUGCACGCUAGAGAAUGGAUUGGUGUCAGUACCGCUUGCUAUUUCAUCUACGAGCUUUUAACAGGCUAUGGCGCCAAUAAGAGAGAAACAAAGUAUUUGAAUCAUCUGGAUUUCUUGAUUGUUCCAGUAUUCAAUCCUGAUGGGUACGUUUACACCUGGAGCCACGAUCGCCUGUGGCGGAAAAAUAGACAGCAAACAUAUUACCCCAGAUGUUUUGGUAUUGACAUCGACCAUUCGUUUGACUUCCAUUGGACAGGAAUUCAAGACUUCCCAUGCAGCGAGGACUACAGCGGGGAGGCACCUUUCGAGGCUCUAGAGUCCGAGUCUUGGAAUAACUACAUUAACGAGUCCAAGAGUGAGUAUACUAUUCAUGGAUAUCUCGAUCUUCAUUCCUAUUCGCAAGAAGUGUUAUAUCCAUAUGCGUACUCUUGCGACGCGCUUCCUAGAGACCUAGAAAAUUUACUGGAACUAUCUUACGGUUUAGCAAAAGCUAUAAGACGCAAAAGUGGUAAAAAUUAUAAAGUUCUGUCUUCCUGUGAAGAUCGUGGUUCUGACCUGACCCCAGGCUUGGGUUCAGGUUCUGCUCUAGAUUAUAUGUACCAUCACAGGGCCCAUUGGGGUGUGCAAUUAAAGCUUCGAGACACGGGGAACCACGGGUUUUUGUUGCCUGCCAAAUACAUUAAUCCUGUUGGCAAAGAAGCAUACGGAGCGCUCAAGUAUUUCUGCGACUUUAUAUUAAACCCCGAAUUGUAA